UAGUGUUUUGCUGAUGACGUUAAAAUAUUUUUUAUUCUUUUUAAAUUUAUUUUCUUAAUUCAUUUUUCUGUAACUAUUUUUUUAAAAAAAAUAUAUAAUAUAACUUGACAAUAUUUUGUUUCCUUUUUUGAAAGAUAUCUAAUUUAAAAUAAUGAAAUUUUAUUGGUUGGUGAAUCUAGAAGUUCACUCUAGGAGGUGAAUCUAGAGGUUCACUCUAGGAGGUGAAUCUAGAGGUUCACUCUAGAAGGUGAAUCCAAAAAUAACUCCAAAAAGAAGACUUCAUUCACCGGGUGAUUGUGGUCGGGUGAUAAGGAAACGGGAUUGGAAUGCUAAUACGUUUCAACCCAUCUGCUACGCGAAACUAAAUGACAAUUAUCCUAAUUACAUAACACGGAUAUGGAUUCAUACUUUAAAUUCCUUUUGAAUGUCCAGAGAAAGGAUUUAUCCCUUGCACAUCUUUUUGGAAGAUUAGUCAAUGCCUCUUUAUGGACCUGGAAUACUCCAGGUUAAUCAGAAAAAAACUUCAUGAUAAAAGUACACUUAUGGAAAUGCAAGAUCUUUCUUGGUCGACACUCGACACAUAAAACUCAGUAGCAAUUUUGUCCGUUCAGAAGGCUUAAUGCUACUAAUAGCAUGUCCCGUACGGCCCCGUAUAUGGGCUGAGGAGAAAAAAUACAUACUCCGGAGGCUUGGCCCAUUUACCACAUUCUUGUAGAGUCUACGUAAUUAGAGGGCUAGUUUUAACUUGUGUAGAUUUGUGUUUAAAUUUUCCAAAUGUGAAUAACAUUUUAUGUACAUUGAUACAUUAAACUUUGAAUUGGUGAUUUCACUUAUGUUUUUUCAAACAUCUGAUUAAUUAUGUAUUACAACGAUGAGAAAUAUUACAUAGACGACUAUGUAGGCGACAAUUCUACCACGAUAUGAGAAUCACGUCUGACUGCACCACUCCGAACCGUCCUAUAAAAUUCAUGUUCAAUGGUAGAUCUCUUGUGAUUUUUUUUCUCUCUAUAAUCUGCAUAAUUUUCAUUUUUCUAAGGUUUGAACUCUCAAAUCUCUUACUAAUGAACCUUAGUCAAAACAUUGAACUAAAAGGUUUUCACUUUCACUUACGUUUAACUUACUUUUAUUCGCGUAGAUUUGUGUUUAAAAUUUUAUCUUGAUUCUGUUGUAAUAAGAAAGACAUGUUCUAUACUAGACAUUGGUCGUGUAAUUUAUUUAACUUUGAAAUGAUGAUCUCACUGGUGAUGUUUUUGCUUGGAAAUUGUACAUAUAUUAAAUUGUAAGUAAUCAGAACUAUCUCUUUCACAUGAAAUAAAAUAACUAUUUCUUUAGAUUAUCUAGAAUUGUGGAAGUUACCUUGAUGAUCUUCAUUAAGAUCUUAUAGAUUAAGACUAAUUAUCACGCGGCAAAGAAGACCAGGUCGUUACUAAGCGGUUAACUCUCAUGGACACAACCGUAAAACAAAUGAAAAAUAAGAGCUGAAGUAAGCAUGCAUACGCAGCUUUGACGACACUAGUUCUGUAGGAUACGCCUGAAAUCGUCUUAACUUAUGUUUGAAGUUUUGAUAUCGCUUUCAUUAUGUCGACAUUACUCUUGACAUACACAGAAACUAUCACAUUCAUCAUAUUCUUGGAUAGUCAUGUUUGAAAGUCAAAACAAUUAUCCAUUAUUCUAAUAUACUUUAUUCAUUUCACCUUCUGUGAUAAGGCUAUGGAACGUGUCAACGCGGAUACGUGAUUAAGUAACGUGUUGUGAUUUAUAAUCCAAACCUUCCUCUUCUCUUUAAAUAUAACUUCUAUGGGUGUGACUAGCAUGGCUCAUCAAGUAAUGUGUUAGAUCAAAUCUUUAUCCUACGUAUUUUUUCCUCGUUCAUUGUGUGAUUCUAUAUGGAAAGGAGUGACCAUGACGUUAAAGAUUCCGAUCCAAGAAACGGUGAAAUUGGUUGGCUCUUUAAGAUUGUGUGGCAGCGAUAGAAGUGAACCAGUGGUGGUUAGCAAAACAGAGAUGGUGAUGGAUGAGAAGGUUUAUGUAGCAGUGGUAGCGAGAGAUCUUGAGAGCAAGUCUAGUCUUGUUUGGGCAAUACAGAACACUAGAGGCAGAGAGUUUUGCAUCGUCUAUGUUCAUCAACCGAUGAACAUCUCAGCCCCGGGAGAGAUGUUCCACGAGCAGAAGCUGCGGCUUUAUAGAAAAGAAAAGGAGAAAGCUCAUAAUAGUUUGGACAAGUACCUUAAUAUAUGCAGGCAAAUGCAUGUCAAUGCAGAGAAGAUAUAUAUGGAAAUGGAUUCAGUAGAGGAAGGUAUCCUCCAAUUGAUAUCUCAGCGUGGAGUUAAGAAGCUUGUCAUGGGGGCAGCAGCUGAUAGAAACUAUACAAUGAGCAUGAGAGACUUAAAGUCCAAGAAAGCUAUUUACAUUAGCAGAGAAGCGCCAGAUACUUGUCAUAUAUGGUUCACCUGCAAUGGAUACCUAAUAUGUACAAGAGAAGCUGCAAGAAGAGAUAACUUGAAUGUAGAAGGUACAUCGUCAAGUUCUUUGGCCCAAUCCGAGAUAAAUAAAGGAACUGAAAGUGUUGCAAGUUCGAGUAUGGCUAAAGAUGAUGUUCAGAUCCAAGUAGCUCUCAUAGAAGCUGCCACUUCAAAUAGGGAAACACGCUUAGAAGUGUCUAAGCGUAAAGAAGCUGAAAAAUCUGCUAUUGAUGCAAUCAAAAAGGCUAAAGAAUCUGAAAAUGGCUAUCUCAAUGAAUUGAAGCGUAGGAAAGAAACAGAGAAGUCACUGAAGGAAGCCAAAGAAGAGAUGGAAAAGAUGAGAUCAGAAGCCGAGACACGAAUUGCGGAGUCUAAUACGGUGAUUACAAACCUCCAAGGAAAGUAUAGCUUAUCAAUGAAAGUGUUGAGAAGACUUAGGGAUGAACAAGAAGAGUUGAAGAGAGAGAUUAGUGAAGUGUCAAAGCUGAAGAGUAAGCGCGAGAAAGAGGAAGCAUCUCCCUCUAAGGACCUUGAACCGCCUCAGUACUUCAUUUGUCCUAUUACACAGGAAGUGAUGGAGGAUCCAUAUGUAGCAGCAGAUGGUUUUACAUAUGAAGGAGAAGCCAUACGCGGCUGGUUUAAUAGAGGACACGAGACUUCUCCAAUGACAAACAAAAGGCUUCAUCACACGAGUUUGGUUCCAAAUCUUGCUCUUCGAUCUGCAAUCCAAGAAUGGUUUCAAGCUUCAAGCUCCUAAAACAUUGAACCAGACCCGAGCUCGGUUGGAGACUUUAAAUUUUAAUGUAUGGUUAUGACUUUUGAUGUUUUGUAAUAAUUCACCCAUUGUCCUACUCCUAUCACUAGCCGGUGUUUGGUUGGUACUUGGUAUGAAUCAGUCUUCUGUAAUAUUUUUCUUUAUUAUAUAUUAUCGUCUUUCUAAAUUAUAAAUUACUAAGUAUUAAUUUUAUGUAAGCUUUAUAAAAAUUAAAUUAACAGAAUAAAUAAGACCUUGACAAAUGGUGGGAAUAUGAAUAUAUGAUAUAAAACUUAUGACCAAAUCGUUGAAGUAUAUUUUAAAACCAAAUUAGAGGAAUCAUUUUGAUAGAAAGAAUACAAAUAUUGAAUAUUCAGAGAGGUCGUAAUGUAAUUAAGAAACCAUCACUAUUUGACUUCGGAAACAGGCACGAAAGGGUCCUGAAAAAAAUGUUACCUCCUGGAGUUUGAUUAGGUCGUUGACCCUCAAAGGGAAUGGAAGUUAAAAAACACACACAAGAGAUAAUAAUACAAAACUCCAGAUGGAAUAUUCGAAAGAACAGAGUUACACCAGAGAGGGAUGACACAUGCGUUCAUCAAAUCUUUUUCUUUCUUGAUUCCACAUUAUUUAAAACAUUUGGGAAAACAACAGCUUCUUGUCUCAAACGAACCAGCCAUUCUUCCAACCACUUUUCUCAAAAGAGAAGAACAUGGAGAAAGAAGAAGAAGCAGCAGCAGUGAUGGAGGAGAUAAUAUAUGUUGCCGUGGGGAGAGAAACUGCCAAGAACAAGUCAAAUCUAACAUGGGCAAUAGAUAACUCCCAAGGGAACAAGAUCUGCAUCGUUCUUGUUCACCAACCUCCUCAUAUGAUUCCUCUUUGUAAGUCUUUUUAACCCCUCACUACAAAUCCAAAGAGUCAGUGGGUUUGAUCUUUCUUUUUCUCUUUAUUCCACAGUGGGUACCAGAUUUGAUGCUGCAACGGUAGAUGAAGAGUUAGUGAAAUCAUACAGAGAAAAGCAAAAGGCGAAAACAGAGAAAAUUCUUGAUGAGUACCUCAGAAUUUGCCUGAAGAAAGGGGUAUGUGUUGAUGAGUACCUCAGAAUUUGCCUCAGUAAACCGAAUGGGAUCCGAAAUUACCUUGAAUAUUAGCCGUUCCCAACUUUGUUACCUAAACUGAACCGAAAACCGAAUUAACUGAACUAAAUUUUUUAAAUAUCGGAAUAGAUCCUAACCCUCUAGAACUGAAAGAACCAAACCGAAAACCAAAUGCCAGCUAAUACAUAUACUCAUGAGAUAUGAAGUAUGUGUCAUUUCUAAGGAGAUUUGUUUUUGCAGGUCCAUGCAGAGAAGCUGUGCGUUGAUAUGGACUCCAUAGAGAAGGGGAUUGUGAAGAUGAUACAUGAGAAUAAAGUCAGGAAGUUUAUAAUGGGAGCAGCUGCAGACAAACACUAUUCAACGAAAAUGGAGGAACUGAGGUCGAGGAAAGCCAUCUUUGUAUGCCAACACGCAUCUCCUACUUGUUGCAUUCGUUUUAUCUGCAAAGGGCAUCUCAUCCACACAAGGUUGUUAUCUUUUCAGUAGCUAUAUAUAUAGAAACAUUGGUAGAUGCUUUAUUACUGACACAUGUAUGUGUACAAUAAAUGUAGGAAAGGUAGAAUGGAUGAAGUGAGAGCUCUCUCAGCUCUAUUAUCCGACUUUCAGCGGCUUGUGUCCUCGCGAAGCAGCUCCAAUUCAGAUAUGCUGAGUGGAAGUUCAAAGGUGAAAAGCGAGGUGGAGGAGGAGGAAGGAACAUCAAGAACCAGCUCUUCUCGGUCUGAUGGUACCUUGUCAUACUCUGGAGGA